UGGAGUGAUACCUUUGAGGAAAAUUUUGUUAGCGCGUAAAAUUUGUGGAAUAAACAAUGUGAACAAAAUUGUGAAUGCUCACAAGAGUUCGACCAGCCAGCUGAGCGAUGGCGAGCUUGCGGAUGCGUACGUCCCAAGUCAGGUGGAACAGCGUCCGUUGGAGGAUUGGUUUUUCCAACCCACGCUGAAAACUCCCCGCCAGUUUUUCACAAUGUUACUGCCGCCGCCAAACAUAACUGGCACUUUGCACUUAGGACACGCGUUCACUGCAACAAUACAGGACGUCAUUUUAAAAUGGAAUCGCAUGAAUGGCAUUGACACUUUGUGGAUCCCGGGAAUGGAUCAUGCCGGUAUUGCGACGCAGGUGAUUGUCGAGAAGAAAAUUUGGGCGGAGAGGCGACGCACACGACACGACAUCGGCCGUGAUGAAUUCGAACGCGAGGUGUGGAAAUGGAAAACCGAAAAGUCCAAUGUUAUAGGCGCCCAAUUGCGUCGAUUGGGUGUUUCGAUCAAUUGGGAGCGGGAAUUCUUCACCAUGGAUACACAGCGAGCGACGGCUGUCAUCGAAGCCUUCCUCAAGCUGCACGAAGACGUUUUGAUUUACGAGGCGGACGCGCUCGUCAACUGGUCCUGCGGCCUGCAGUCCGCUAUCUCGGACAUCGAAGUCGAGCAUGUGGAAAUUUCCGGACCCACGCAAAUCAACAUUCCCGGCCGCGAGAAACCAGCCGAGUUUGGCCACCUCACCGAAUUUGCUUAUCAAUUAUCGGAUGAUCGAAGCCGGGAGGCUGUGGUGGCAACCACGCGACCCGAGACUAUGUUGGGCGAUGUGGCACUUGCAGUCCACCCGAAUGACCAGCGCCAUACGACGCUAAUUGGCAAACAUGUGGUGCAUCCGUUCCGCCAAACCCUACUGCCGAUUAUUGCCGAUGAAUUCGUCGAUAUGAAUUUUGGCACCGGUAUUGUUAAAAUCACCCCCGGUCAUGACCACGAUGAUUUCGAGGUGGGCAAACGACACAAUCUGCAGGUGCUUAGUGUGUUGGAUGAGAAAGGUCGAAUGAUUAAUUGCGGCGAGUUUGAUCAUCUGGAUCGCUUCGAUGCGAAGGAAAAAGUUUUAAGUGCACUUGAAUCUUUGGGCCUAUUGAGGGGUAGAAGGGAUCAUGCUAUGUCUCUUCCUAUCUGUACGCGGUCCAAGGACGUGGUGGAACUUUUAAUGAAACCACAAUGGUUCAUCGACUGUAGGAAGAUGGCUCAGAUUGCUCUUGAAAACGUCCAAAAGGGCAACAUUCACAUCGAACCGAAACGCUUUGAGAAGACUUGGGAGACUUGGCUCGAAAACAUCCGUCCGUGGUGUAUUUCUCGUCAAUUGUGGUGGGGUCAUCGCAUUCCAGCAUACCGUGCGAUCGAACCCAACGGAACAACUCACACCCUCAUUGCGCGCAACCACGAGGAAGCUCUCAGCCUCACUGCGAAAGUUACUUCCGAACAGUGCCAAAUCAAACAAGUCGACGACGUGCUAGAUACAUGGUUCUCGUCUGCCUUGCUACCUUUGAGUGUUUUCGAUUGGCCUGCCGAGACGUCAAACAGCCGCUAUCCUCUGAACGUGAUGGAAACUGGACACGAUAUCCUCUUCUUCUGGGUGGCGCGUAUGGCGAUGUUGUGUACGCAUCUCAGCGGGCGUAUACCUUUCGAAAAGGUACUGUUGCACGGAGUUGUCUGCGAUGCGCAUGGUAAGAAGAUGUCGAAGAGUUUGGGCAAUGUUGUUGCCCCCGAGGACAUCGUCGAAGGUCGCACUUUGAAAGAUUUAGAAGCGGCGACAAGUCAGGCGAAAAAUCAAGGAUUGUUGUCCACAGAGGACGCACAAAAGGCCAUCAAGGGACAGCGAAAGAUGUUCCCCGAUGGGAUUCACCAAUGUGGCGUCGAUGCAUUGAGAUUCACCCUCUGCUCGUACAAUUUUAAAAAUCACUUUGUCAACUUUGAUGUGCAAGAAUGCAAAACUAACAAGUUCUUCGGAAACAAGUUGUGGCAGGCUACAAAGUUCACGGUAAAGUGGCGCGCCGUCCUGGCGACGCAAUUUCCGAAAACAGAUCGGCGACAUCGUUCACCCGUCGCCUGGGAACACGAACAAGAUGUUCGCGUUAUGGAUAAAUGGAUCCUGAGCCGAUUGAAUUUCAUGUUGGCGGAAGUUAAUGAAGCAUUAAGCGGCGAUAAUUUUCACAUCGCCACCGCCGCACUAAAGAACUUUCUUUACUACGAGUUUUGCGAUGUUUAUCUGGAGAGUACCAAACGAGGUUUGUGCGAGGGCAACGUGAUGCACGCGUUGAUACUGGAGCACUGUCUGCUUUUGGGCAUGAGGACGCUGGCGCCGUUCAUGCCGUAUUUAUCGCAACACUUGUACGCGCACUUGGCGGCGGAUGCAUCGCGCUCGCAUGCACACGCCGCCGUCGAGUAUUAUCCGCUGCCGGAAAAUCGAUACAGAGAUGCAGCGCUGGAGCGUCGCGUCGGAAAAUUGAUGGAUGUCGUUAUCGCCAUAAGGCGGCUCAAGAAGAUUUUUAACGUCACUGCUAAACAUCAUCCUAAAGUGAUUAUUAACACCGAGGAUGAAUUCCUCCGUGAGAAUAGCAACACCAUCAUGGAUUUAUCCGCAUGUGCAUGCUUGGAAUUCAAUUCCCCGACGGGAUCUUCAUCCGGAUCCUACAUUUCGGACAAAGUCGAUUCCGCCGAGAUUCUGCUACACGUGCCCGAGGAGUUGCAGCGCGCGCUUACGGUCGACGCCGAAAAAUUCGAGGUGAAACGCGCCAAACUCGCCAAGGAAUUGAACAAACUGCGUGCGAGCAUGUCGUCGCCGUCGUACGCCGAAAAAGUUUCGCCCAGCUCGCACGAGAACAAUCUUCGCAAGAUUGCACAACUUGAGCAGAAAAUUAUGCGGCUCAAUUACGUGCAAAGUUUAGCCGAACAACGAAAUUGUUUCGCUCAAUAAUAAUGCAUAAUUGAAGUAACAUCGAAUGAGUGGGAGGCGUUUUGUAACACAUUUCUGUGGUGUGCAUAAAGUUUUCAGUUGACACAUAAUUUGCUAUGAGGUGGCAAAGUAAACUCUGUGUACAGAUAUUGUGAAAAUAGAACAAAGAGAAGUCUCAUUAGUGCGAUGUUUGUGUCCCACUGCAGGUACUCUCCAGAACGCCUGCAGCUGCUACUGCAGCGACUCAAGGACCUGUUUAUUUAAUGUACAUUCUAGCGCUGCCGGGAUAAAUACACACGCGUGGAUUAUUGAUUGUAUUGAUUAAAAUGUUUAAACUUUUAUGAGCAUUUUUUAUGUUUGCCAAUUCUCAGCACGAAGUGGUUUUACUUUGUAGAUUAUUCAAAUGUAUAACAAAAUAGAAAAAUAGUUUUUUAUGAAAUAAAUGAACAAAAUUUA